UCUUGUCACUAGAGGUCGCCCUCUAGAGCUCAUCUUGUGAUUCUCAUCCGUCACAGACGUGUGCAGCUGGAAAUUCACACCAAAAAAAGUUUCCAUCUCAUGAGGGAAAAUGUCGCUGUACCGGAACGCCAUCUGGUUUUUGAACGGAAUCCAUCAAUACACAAGGAAAGGAUAUGAAAAAGCUUCCAGAGACUUUGAGCCUCAUGACUUGGAUGUGUCCGUGGUGGGAAGAUCUUUCAUGGUCACCGGAGCAAACAGUGGGAUUGGCAGAGCGACUGCUCUAGCGAUCGCCACAAAAGGUGGGAGAGUUCAUAUGGUGUGCAGGAACAAAGAGAAAGCUGAGGAGGUCCAAGCAGACAUCAUUGAGAAGAGUGGGAAUACGGAGGUGUAUGUCCAUAUUCUGGAUCUGUCAGAGACUCGAAAGGUUUUUCUGUUUGCUGAGGCCUUCAAGAAGCAAUAUCCAUCUUUGCAUGUCUUGAUAAACAAUGCAGGAUGUAUGAUUCACCAGAGACAGGUAAAUGAGGAGGGACUGGAGAAUAACUUUGCCAUAAAUACUAUGGGGAUGUACAUCCUCACCGUGGGCCUCAUACCGCUCCUGCAGAAGAGCCGGGACCCACGAGUGAUCACUGUGUCCUCAGGAGGCAUGCUGGUCCAGAAACUGAGAGUGGAUGACUUGCAGUGGGAGAUGGAACCCUUUGAUGGUCUGAUGGUCUACGCUCAGAACAAGAGACAGCAGGUGGUGCUAACUGAGCAGUGGGCCAAAUCGCAUCCUCUCAUCCAUUUUUCUGUGAUGCAUCCGGGCUGGGCAGAUACUCCAGCUGUCUCUACAUCAAUGCCUCAGUUCCACCAGAUGAUGGAUGAGAGGCUGCGCACUGUGGAGCAAGGCGCUGACACUGUGGUGUGGCUGGCUCUGUCCAGAUCGGCUUCCAGAACCUGCACUGGGCAGUUCUUUCAAGAUCGCAAGCCUGUUCCGACUCACCUGCCGCUGGCCUGGACUCACAGCUCUGCCGAGGACAUUGAAAUUUUCAUGGUUCAAAUGGAAAAUCUUGCUAAGGCGGUCCAAUCACGAGCUGAGACAGAACUCAGCGGGCCUCUGAGCCCUUAUAGGCCACAGUUGAUCUAGACGCCAGCAUGAACACCCAAGUAUUCACAAUAAAGUACUUCUGUUUCUCAGUUUCCUUUGAUGUGGUUGAAGUAAUCUCAAGUUGUUUGUAGUCAUAGGGAGGAGUUUGAUAUCAUGUAGGGUUGCUGUCCACUUCAUGACCCAGUCAAAAUGCAAAGGGUAUUUCUUGCAGUAAUGUGGAUUAGCUGUCGGAAUUUUAGGAGCUUGUUCCCAUGUAUAAAGACAAUUGCAAUAUAAUAAUAUGGUACUGUGCAGCUACAGCACUGGAUUGGUAGUAUUUUUCUUACAUACUUAAUUUUCCAACUAAUGUAUAUAGUAGUUGUUGACAUAACCUAACAUAAAAGAAUGUUUU